UUUUUAGCUGUAAGAUAGAUCUAAAUUUAAAAUUUUAAAUGAUUAGAUCUAUUUAUAAAAGAACGUGGCCGAACUCUUUUUUAUGAGAAAUAACACAAAACCAUUAUCAACAAAUAUGGCGUCCAAUUCAGAUUUGCCGCUGGAAGGCUCUUCGGUUGAUCCAAAGAUUGAAGACAAACACACAUCAGUCAUAGAGUCAAAAGAAAAAAAUUGCACAGAAUCCGCUGCCUCAGAUCCUUUAUGCACAGAAGCACAGAUACAGUCAAUUUUAGCUGCCGCUGGCCAAGGUGCUGGAGAUGAAGAAGAAGAUGAACCUACUGAUUCAGAGAAAUUGGAUUUUUAUGUGAUAUUUAAAAAAGAAAAAUAUGAUGUUUCAUUUCCAGCUGAUCACACUGUAUCAAAGUUGAAAUCUCAUAUAGAAAAACUGACAGGUGUUCCUGCAACUUUACAGAAAAUUAUGUACAAAGGUUUAGCUAAAGAUGAAAUGACACUACGGGAGUUAAAAGUGGUCAAGGGAGCCAAAUUAAUGGUUGUUGGUUCCACUUUAACAGAUGUACUUUCUGUCAGUGCUCCAUCAACAAAAGAGUUGCAGGCAGAGGAAAAGGCAACUGCAAAAGUAGCGAAGGAACCACUCUCUGAACAAAAGCAACACAGAAAAGUUUUAGAUAAAUAUGGGAAGCCUGACGAUGUACCAGUUGGUAUAAGAAACCAUUCAGAAAGACUUCCUCCUGUUCCAUUAUCUGGUAUGUACAACAAAGCAGGUGGAAAAGUCAGACUUACUUUCAAAAUGGAAGCAGAUCAGCUGUGGUUAGGAACCAAAGAAAGAACAGAUAAAAUUCCCAUGCAAUCUAUAAAAGCUGUAGUCUCCGAGCCAAUUAAAGAUCAUGAAGAAUAUCAUAUCAUGGGUAUACAGCUUGGCCCAACAGAGGCUUCACGUUACUGGGUCUACUGGGUACCUGCACAGUAUGUUGAAGCUAUUAAAGAGGCUAUCCUGGGCAAGUGGCAAUUCUUUUAAUUUUUGUGCAGCAUCCUUGAGGUUAUUUUGGACUUAAAAUCUGACUGUAUUUAUGUAUAACUGUUUUGUCAUGAGAGUAGUGAUAUACCUGAAGAAAAUGGACAUUUAUUGAUUAAUGCCAUACCAGGACUUGUGUUUUAAUUAUUCUUUUGCUUUUUUUUUUUUUUUUUUUAACUUGAAACAGUAGCAAAUAUGAAUGAUGUUGUACUUCAUUUCCAGUUGUAUUUCAUUUUUCUAUUUAAACCUAUUGUUUCCCUUAUAACUUUUAGAAACUAUAUUUGUACAUUUGAAACAAAAUAAUUAUAUAAUAAGGAUAAAAAACUUUUGAUUAAAGGCUAUAGUAAAUAUAAAUGGCACAGAAAUAUUUUUUUAAGAUUUUCAAAUAUAUUCAUUUUUUUUUUCUAAGCCCUAGUAAAAUCAACAAAUUUGCUUAACCUCAAAUAGUUCUGGAACUUAACAUUGAAACUUUUGACCUAGAGAUUCUUAAAAUUCAUCUUGCUACCUUUAAAAAUGUUUCAAAGCAUUUAUAUUCUUAAGAAAUUCAAAAUAAAUGAUAACCCUAACAUUAGUUCUCUCAUUGCUAUAAAAAAAAAAAAAAUCUGGCAUUGCACAUAUGCACAUAACUAGUCUGUAUACUUCUGUGGCAAUAUAAACUUUACUUUUCAAAAUUGUUCUGUAGAAACAAUGAUUUGGCUGGUAAAUGUCUGAAAUAAACACUGCUUUCACCUUUUUAUCACCAACGAAAAGGGAAUUGAAUUUUUUGUAAUGGAAAACAUCUGAAGAGUUAAUAUCUAAUUUUUUUUUCUUACAUAAAUCUAGGUCAUUUCUAUAGAUACCCAUCUAUCAGUAUUUUCUUUUGGUAGGAAAAAAAAUUAUUAUUAUUUUUUUUUGUACACUUUUUUUUUCGGCUACAAUUUACUUUCUGAAAACUAGAUCUUUCAUUUGUAUUUUUGGUUUACCACAUAAAUCGUUUACACUUUUUAUAACAGAUUUUAAUUGGAUAUAGAUCUACAUUCAUUUUAAUACAAAAGCCAAUGUAUUUUAUUUCUAUUAUUAUUCUUAAAAGAAAAAAAGCUCAUACCUAUAUUAAAUUCACUUUCCGUUUCUUUCCAAACACAAAGACAGAUAUUUCAAUCUAUUUUUGUUUGAUUGAAUCAAACAGUUCAAUCCUUUGCCAAAGCUUUAUACCACAUCAUUCUUUUAUACAUUUUUAAUUGCAGGUCUCGAAUGUUUUGUUGUUUCUAGAAAUGCUUUGUGAAACCAAUGUUGUUUUUUUUUGGAACUUGAUACAGUAAUAUUAUUUAAAGACUUUAAUUGAUUUUGUCUUAAACUACUGUGAAGACUUGUCUUAAUUAAAAUGUUUAUAUGUUAGAGUUAAUAACAUUUGAAUAAACAAUACAAAAUUUUUGUUGAAGACAUGUGAAACAAACAAGUACAAAUCAAUUUCAUAAUUCCUUUACUAGCAUUCUUUUUACUGGGCAAUCAGCUUAUAUUUCACAAGCACCCCCCCCCCCCACCCCUACAAAAAAUUAACCUUUCUUUCUAUCACUUAAAAGUCCACCCUGUUAAUUUUGGUGAUGUAGAGUUUGCAUGUUUUAGUCAUUGAGUCCUGUUCAACAAAUUUCUUUUUCCAAAUUAAACCCCUUCCCUUUCAGUUCAUGCCAUUACUUUUCUUCUCCCUUUAAAUAAUGUUUCUCUAUUGACCUGAAGCAGUAUUAGCCAUUCAUGUAUAGAGAAAUAAUGUAAGCUUGAAAUUCCUAUUGUUUGCAUAUAUACUUUUCCACAUGACAUUUUUUGGCAGUUGAGAGUCAUGCGUUUCUUACAAGCUAGUCUCCUACCAACAUUGGUACCAAUGGACCAGAUUGUGUGAUAUGAUGGAGUCCUUGCCAGUUUUGUUAUCCAUCUUCAGAAGAGCUUUCCUCUAGAUUCUGUUAUCUAUAGUCUCUUGUUCCCCAGUUGGUAAUGUCUAGAGUUUCUCUUUGCUCUGACCACACACAAUAGGCAAUAGAAUCAGUUCCAGGUUCACAGGAUUUCCAAAGGAAAAAAAACAAUUUUCUCUGUCUGUUCCUGUUAAUGUAAAAACAUUUUAAAAUUUCAAAUAAAAGAAAAUGUUUUUACAUGCAGGAAUUUAAUUUCAGUAUUUUGUUUUGCAACUUUUGAACGAACUCCAAAUCCAAUUGGCAACAGAUUUUUGUUGGAGUGAAAGUCAGUUGUGUGACCUUAUGAAGCCCAUUUUUUUAAGUCUCUGAAACAGGGGUUUCAUUCAGGAAAGGCUUAAUACACCCAGCACUUAGUGAUAUUUCUAAUAACAUUACAUUAAUUGAGGCAUUUAAUCAUCUUUUUUUACUCUAUGUUAGCUAUUUUAAUUAAUUUGUCUAAAAUGACUCUCAAAAACAUGUCCCAAUAUUUCAACUACCGUUACUGUAUUACUUGUGAAGUCUGCAGUUUUUUUUUGUUUCCAAUAACUUUAUAAUGUGUCUCUUCUGUUACCAUUUUGUUAUCAAAGACUAGGUAGUCCAGUCUAUCAAAGACUAGGUAGUCCCAGUCUAUCAAAGACUAGGUAGUCCCAGUUGUUCUUUCUUUUUAUGUUGCUUCAGCUUGGUACUUGGCCUGUUUUUCUUGUCCUAUGAAACGAUUGUUUAAAUUGAAGCCAAUAUGUUUAUCUGCUAAACAUUGAGUGUCUGAAAACAAAAUGACAGUAUCGGCUUGUAACUGUGAUGCAAGGAAGUCUGUUGUGACUAAUAAUGCUUUUAUAUUAUGAUAGACAUUUGGCCACAAUGUUUGCAUUUGCAAUGUUUUUAUGAAGAUUAAAACGAAAUGAACAGUUA